GUGGAAGAGGUGGAAAUAUUUUUUCCAGGUUUUUUUUUGCCCGUUUCUCUUCGUGUCGAGCUCCUCUUUGUCUUCCUCUUCUCCUAUUCAUCCUCCGCCGCUGCCUGAUGCUAUGACGUUCCUCUUCUGAAAACCUUCAGUCGCUUCUCCACUCUCCUGCACUGUGACGUCUUCAGCUGUCCACCGCGGCUUUCUUCGCUCUCCCCUAUGGCAAUGCCAUUGCUUCUUCGUUUUUUCUUUGCCCCCAUCGGUUCCACGGCGAGAACCUGCAUUUCUCUUUUCUCUCUGCCCCAUCGCCUCCAUCUGCCUUUUCUCUUGGGUGAUGAAAGCCGUCCACACCCCUGCACAGAGGAAAAAGGGGAGCAGGGGUGUGGACGGCUUUCAUCACCGUCUUUCAUCCUACAGGCAGCUGUAACGUUGGAUGAACAGGAGGGCUCAUUCUUCCUCCCUCAGCAUGCUCCCGACAUUUUCUCCCACAUCAAUCAACCAUUUCAGAUUGCUGAGAAUAUCCAAGACGCCCCUUUUCUUGUGUGCCUGUACUCAAGACAAAAGGUUAGCAAUGAGUUAGAGAGAGAGUUGGUGGGAGUAGAAGAACAGAAUUGGUCGAAGAUGAAGAGUUCUCUGAAGGAGAAGGUGCCAGAUGGAAUGAUUCUGGUGGAGGAGCUCAAGGAAAUCAAGAAGGAAGCAGAGGCUUCAAGUUAUGGGGCUUGUUGAUGCAGGAGAAAGGAAUAGAUCUUGGUGCUUGUUGCAUCCUCAAGACUUCCACGAUUUGCUCUGCUUUGGGGAUGUGCACCCACUUUUGCCUGAUUAGGGCACAUUGUCAUGGCGACACAGCUGAAGUUCAGCUAAGAAAUUCAUGGCUCAACUUGGAUUUCUAUGAUUAUCGCAGAAGCUUUGGAGGUCCAUUUUUUUGUAAAUCAACUGAUUUGUAUAUAGAACAGGGGAAAUUUUUGAUGCA